GGGCUAUAACAUUUCACCAAACACAAAAAGAUACAAGUUUAAGGCCAUGAAGAAGCUAACUUCUCUCUUCCCUCUCCUCUUUCUCGUUCCCCUCUUAGCCUCAUGUGCGGAAGAAAAACAGGUGUAUAUUGUCUAUUUUGGAGAACACAAAGGUGAUAAAGCCUUACAUGAAAUAGAAGAACAUCAUCAUUCUUAUCUUCAAUCGGUUAAAGAAUCCGAAGAAGACGCUAGAGCAUCGCUAUUGUAUAGCUACAAACAUAGCAUCAAUGGCUUUGCGGCUGAGUUAACCCCCGACCAAGCCUCUAAACUAGAAAAAUUGGCAGAGGUUGUUUCGAUAUUCAAGAGCCAUCCAAGAAAAUAUGAAGCGCAUACAACACGGUCGUGGGAAUUUGUAGGAUUGGAGGAGGAAGAAACCGACAGUGAUGUUCCACGUCGAAAAAAUGAUGCGGAUGAUCGGUUUCGUGUGGGAAGAAAUUUUUUGAAGAAGGCAAAGCAUGGUGAUGGAAUCAUCGUCGGUGUUCUUGACAGUGGUGUGUGGCCAGAAUCAAAGAGUUUCAAUGACAAAGGAAUGGGACCAGUUCCAAAAUCAUGGAAAGGAAUCUGCCAAACCGGAGUUGCCUUUAACUCUUCUCACUGUAACCGGAAAAUUAUUGGAGCGAGGUAUUACGUGAAAGGAUACGAAAGAUAUUACGGAGCGUUCAACGUUACAGCAAACAAAGACUUCUUGUCUCCACGAGAUCCCGACGGACAUGGGUCCCACACAGCCUCUACUGCUGUUGGCCGUCGAGUCUACGGUGCAUCCGCACUUGGAGGGCCAAAGCCGGGAACUUUGUCGAAUAUGGCACCGUGGAUUAUAACCGUCGGAGCUAGUACUCUUGAUCGGGUUUUCAUUGGCGGUCUUGUUCUUGGCAAUGGCUAUACAAUCAAGACGGAUUCGAUAACGGCAUUUAAAAUGGACAAAUUUGCCCCUCUUGUUUACGCUGCUAACGUGGUUGUUCCCGGCAUUGCAUUGAACGAUUCAUCACAAUGUUUACCAAAUUCACUAAAACCGGAGCUUGUGACUGGUAAAGUGGUCUUGUGUUUAAGAGGAGCCGGUACAAGAAUCGGUAAAGGUAUAGAGGUAAAACGAGCUGGAGGAGCUGGUAUGAUUCUCGGCAAUGUCGCGGCUAACGGCAAUGAAAUUCCGACGGACUCUCACUUUGUUCCGACUGCCGGGGUUACCCCAACAGUGGUCGAUAAAAUUCUAGAUUACAUUAAAACCGAUAAAAAUCCGAUGGCAUUUAUCAAACCAGGAAAAACGGUUUACAAAUACCAAGCAGCUCCUUCCAUGACCGGGUUUUCUAGCCGCGGACCAAACGUUGUAGAUCCCAACAUUCUAAAGCCGGACAUUACCGCACCCGGACUGAACAUACUGGCUGCAUGGAGCGGUGCAGAUUCACCGAGCAAAAUGUCGGUAGAUCAAAGAGUUGCAGAUUAUAACAUCUACUCAGGAACUUCAAUGUCUUGUCCUCAUGUCGCUGGUGCAAUUGCUCUUCUCAAAGCCAUUCAUCCCAAAUGGAGUAGUGCUGCUAUAAGAUCUGCUCUUAUGACCACUGCUUGGAUGACUAACGACAAGAAGAAACCGAUCCAAGACGCUACUGGUUUACCCGCAAACCCAUUUGCAUUUGGGUCAGGACAUUUCAGACCAACUAAAGCUGCAGAUCCCGGUUUAGUCUACGAUGCAUCAUACCGAGCUUACCUUCUCUAUGGCUGCUCGGUUAAUAUCACCAAUAUUGACCCGACAUUCAAAUGUCCUAGUCAAAUUCCGCCCGGUUAUAAUCACAAUUACCCGUCAAUCGCGGUCCCGAAUCUCAACAAGACAGUGACCGUUAAAAGAACGGUUACAAAUGUUGGAAAUGGUAACUCAACAAGUACAUACUUAUUCAGUGCUAAACCGCCAUUGGGUGUUUCGGUUAAGGCUAUACCGAAUGUGUUGUUCUUUAACCGGAUUGGUCAGAAGCAGCGGUUUAAAAUCGUUAUUAAACCACUGAAGAACCAGGUGAUGAAUGCGACUGAAAAGGGUCAAUACCAAUUUGGAUGGUUUAGUUGGACAGAUAAAGUCCAUGUUGUGAGGAGUCCAAUUGCUGUUUCCUUAGCUUGAUUGUUGUUUGCUUUUGGGGUGGUUUUAUUAGUCGGUUUGGAUAUUAUAGAGGUCAAAGUGAAAGAAAUAGAAAUUCUUUUUCUGAUCACUCUAUAGACUUCUUAUGUAAUCGUUGUUACUUGUGAAGAUGGUAGAAGAAAUCACGUAUCAACAA